CCGAUCUGUACUCGCUCCACUUCGAGGUCUCUCUCCGUCUGCGUAAGAAGGGUUUUGAGGGUUUUCUUUGUUUGUUCUUCUUCUUCGCAUCCAAAGAUGAAGCUCGUCAGGUUUUUGAUGAAGUUAAACAAUGAAACUGUGUCGAUCGAGCUGAAGAACGGGACUGUUGUCCAUGGAACCAUCACUGGUGUUGAUGUGAGCAUGAAUACUCACUUGAAGACAGUUAAAAUGAGUCUGAAGGGGAAAAACCCAGUAACACUUGAUCAUCUCAGCUUGAGGGGUAACAAUAUCCGAUACUACAUUCUUCCUGAUAGCUUGAACCUGGAGACUUUACUUGUGGAAGACACUCCUAGAGUUAAGCCUAAGAAGCCUGUUGCUGGCAAACCUGUUGGACGCGGUCGUGGACGUGGGCGUGGGCGUGGUCGUGGCAGAGGUCGUUAGAUGUAGCAAUGCACUUGAUAAAGCUUUAAGGUAUGUGAGUUAGGAGAAUGUACCGAGUUAUGUAUCUAGCAACUCUUGCAAAGUUAAGAUUUGAUUUAGAAAUGGUAUGAUUGCUGCUUGUAAGGAAGUUACUCUGUAAUGCGAUUCCAUGGAUAGCAAGAUUUUGCUUUACAUGCUAUAAGAGCAUGUGCAAGUAGAGAA